AUGCGUGCUUGGCGGGGGGGCGGGACGGCGGGAGGCACUCCGCCUACUGCUAGCAAGGGCGAGCCGAAGAAGAGCGAUGGGCCCUCGGUGCCGCCCCGUUCUACGGGUGAUGGCGUUAUGGGUGGUAACACCGUGAGGGCGGGCACAAUGGAGUCGGCGUCCUUGCUUGCGGGCAACGUUCAGCGGCUGCAGUUUCUGAGGAAGAAGACGGGGGUUGAUCUCGGGGUGACGGUUUACUCCCUGUACGCUAUGGCCAUCCGGAGCGUCAUCUCGACCAUCGGCCAGCCGCUGCGAGAUGCCACGGCGAGGAGGACCCGGCUUUUCGGGGCAGCCUCGGAUGAAGCUGCCGCAGCCGGGGCAGCGGCAGCGUCAGGCGAAGCAGCAUCAGCGUCGAUGCUCGACGGCUUCGAAGGCGUUGUUGGUGCUGGUGGUGCCGCCGCCGAGGCCCUCGCCCGCGAAGCUCUCGAGCCCAUGCCGUUCGCCUACCUGCCGAGCGUCGGAGCGAUGCUGCUGCUUGUGGCGGCGGUGGCGGCGCACGUGCUGCUCCUGCUGGGAAAGAAGUGGUCCGUCCGAUUCCAUGCCUGGAGUGCCUUCGACGAGGUCUUGACUUGGGAAGAAGCGGAUGCCGUCCUGGUCACACCCGUUAAACAUACCGGGUCGCCAGCUAUCUGUCCCCUGGUAGGCACGCCUCGCUUGCUGCGAGAUCCAACAGCUACAGAGGAGGGUCAGGAGUCGGAGGACGAGUCGCAGGAUGCUGAGGACGAAGAGAAGAGGCGGAAGUUUGUCCUGAAGCGUGCUGCGACUGAUGCUGCUCGGGGGAGCGAGAGCAAGAGGGACGACGAGGAGAAGGAGGAGCUGGAGAAGGAGGAGGGGGAGGGGGAGGGGGAGGGCAGCGCUCGCCGCGGAGCAGGGGACGAAGCGGCAGAUACUUUCGAACUGGUGGAGCUCCCGAUACGGUGGCCGCUCGGACGAUAUCUCCAAGCAGGCGGUCUGACUCUGGAGGCCGCCGGCGCGAAGCUGAGGCUGUUCGGCGAAAACUCGGUGGACGUGAAGCAGCCCACGUUCUGGCACCACCUGGCGGACCGGCUCACCAGCCCGUUCGUCGUGUUCAAUCUCUUCAACCAGGUCCUUUGGAUGCUGGAGUUGUACUGGUUGAAGGCGUUACUGGCUAUCGGGGAGGUGAUUGGCGUGGAGGCUAUCUUUGUGGCGGACGCGGAACGGAGGAGGAUGCAGCUCGACAUCAGAAACUCCAAGAAGCCGACCAAGAGGGUGAGAGCAUGGCGAGGGGGACAGUGGGUGCCCAUCCCCGUGUCGAGCAUGCUUCCGGGGGACUUGGUUUCGCUCAAGACAGGCGUCGUCGCGGUUGCCCCUGAGGGGUCAGAGGUCGGCGAUGGCCAGGAUGACGCGAAGAUGCAAGACGAGGAGGCGUUUUUCGUGGGGGAGCUGCCGGCGGACGUGCUGCUGCUGAGGGGCACCGCGGUGGUGAACGAGGCCAGCCUCACGGGCGAGAGCGUGCCACAGAUCAAGACUUCCUUGACGUCGGAGCCGAUAGACUUUGAGGACGAGCUCGACAUGACCGGGAGACAUUCCGGCCACGUCUUGCUGAGCGGAACGACCUUGCUGGACCAGACCGACGGCAGUGACAGUGACUCAUCGCGGCCAUCACCAACCGCAACGAGUUCCGCCGCGCUCGGGUCUUCCCUACCCGUCUCCACGCCGGACGGGGGAGCGCUGUGCUACGUGCUGCGAACGGGCGUUUACUCCUUCCAGGGCGACCUGCGGAGGACCAUCGACUUCGGCAACCACGGCGUGCGCCAGGAGUCAAAGGACGCGGGAUACCUCCUGGCUUUCCUGCUGACGUUCGCCGCGUUAUCGUCGGCCCACGUGGUGCGGGAGGGCCUCAAGUCUCAAGCCGUUUCCGGAUUCAGGCUACUGGUGCAGUGCGUCCGCAUCCUCUCGGCCGUGGUGCCCGGAGACCUGUCCUUCGAGCUGAACCAGUGCCUCCGGAACGGCGUGCGCUCCCUCCAAAACGGGCACGCGCUUGCGUGCACGGAGCCGUUCAGGAUCCCGCUGGCGGGGAAGGUGGACGUGUGCCUGUUCGACAAAACGGGGACUAUCACCUCGGACAAGCUCCGGGCGGAGACUCUGGUGACCCCAAAGUCUCUCCGUCCCAACAGCCCCCCAGUAGCUGUCAGCCUGGGCCAUUCGGCCCGAAGCGGCGGGACUGCUGCCAGUUCGGAGCGACCGGGACUUGCGGCCGAGGUGGUGGUGGGCGGGUGCCACUCUCUCAUGGACGUAGACGGGGUCCUGCACGGAGACCCUCUGGAGGCGUCGGCUUUGGAGGGGAUACGCUGGAACUGGGACGCCAUUUCCCACACCGCCCGCCCCGACGAUGGUGAACCCGUCGUCGCUCUCGAGAGCGACGGCGGCGGCGGCAAGGGCGGCUGCGCCGAUGACGAUUACGACAGUGACAAGUCUACGGGCGGCGGCGACAGCAGAAAGCAGGAGGGAAAGCCUGGCGCCAAGGUCGAGAAAAAGAAGGGCGGCAGGAGGAAAACAAAGGCUAGGGGCGGAAGCGGAAACGCAGGCUCCCACGAGAGAGGGGUGGAGAAGGCGUCUGGAGACGGGGUUUCCGUCGCGGUGUGGAGGCGGUACGCGUUCAGCUCGCAGCUGCAGAGGAUGAGCGUGGUGGCCGAGGUCUUCGGCGGUUCCGCCGGCCUAACAGACAAGGAGGGCGUGCCCGAGGCGUGGGUGCUAUCCAAGGGAAGUCCAGAGUCCAUGAAGCCUCUGCUCGACGACGAAGUCCUGCCGGAUUGGUACGAGGAGGAGUACGACCGCCUAGCCAGAUCGGGCAGGAGGGUCGUCGCUCUCGCGCACCGAUCACUCGGACCGUCGAAGUCGAAAGGGGCCAAGGCCGCCUUGGCGUCGCUGUCCCGAGCAGAGGCGGAAAAGGAAGGUUCCCUCGUCUUCGACGGCUUCCUGUCGUUCCACUGCAAGACCAGGGCCGACAGCAAACGGGUGAUCCGAGACCUGCGACAUGCGGGCGGCUGUUCGGUGACCAUCGUCACGGGAGACUCGGUCAUGACGGCCUGCCACGUCGCCGGCGAGGUGGGGCUAGUCGGCGAGACCGAUCCGGCCGCGGGGUCUUCCGAACCGUCACCAUCGACGUCAUCAACAGCAUCAGCCAAGAAGAAAGUUGGAGGCAAGGAAGUCAAGACGACAAACGCCGAAGGAGGAGGCGAGGAAGACGACGCUGGAAGAAGAAGCGACGAGAAGCGGAAGACUCCCCUGCUGCUGACGGUUGUGCCUACGGACCACGGGGACGAACUCCGCUGGACCCCUUUGCACCCGCGCGCCCCCGACACCGACCAAGCAAGAGAGGCCGAGGCACAAGACUCCCUCGAGGAACCUGCGACGGACGCCGAAAAGGCAGCAGCAGCAUCAGGAGGAGGGGAGGGGCUGGACGGAGACCUGGACAAGGGUAUCGAGUUUAGCUGGGGAGGCAUGGAAGGGUUGGCGGCGACCCACGACCUCUGCGCCACCGGACCGGCCUUCGCCCUCGCCCUCGGCGAGGAGGACCCGGCCCUCGGAAGCGCCAUACAUCACUUCCGCGUGCUGGCGCGGAUGACCCCCGGGCUCAAGGAAGAGCUGGCGACCUUGCUCAUGGAGGCCGGGAAAACCGUGCUUAUGUGCGGGGAUGGGUCGAAUGACGUCGGAGCCCUCCGACGGUCCCACGUGGGACUGGCCCUCCUCAGCGGAUUUGGCGACGCUAACACCGACGAGAGCAAGAGCGAGUCACCGUCUGUGACCUCUGAUGGUGGGGCAACAACCAAGAACAAGGGCAAGGAUGAAACCGUCAAGAGCGGCGGCGGCGGUGGCGACCGGGCCGGGGCGCUGGAGGGAAAGAACGCCGCGGAGAUUUUGAAGGAGGAGCGAGAGAAGGUCCAGGCCGACAUCACGGAGGAGUUCGACCGGUUGCGCAGCGAGGGCGUCAACCCCGCCAAGGCCAUGUGGAAGGCCUCCUCGGCAGCCAACAAGAAGCGGAGCAUGAGGGACAUCCAGCAGAAGAAAGCCUCGCACGGUGAUUUCGCCGCAUCGGCGGUGGCCAUGUUCAAGGACACCGAUACGGACGAGCAGGAGGGUGCCGACGGGGUGGUGAAAACCGGGGAUGCUUCCCUCGCGGCCCCGUUUACCUCGAAGAAGCCCAGCAUCGUAGCCGUGGUGGACGCUGUGCGGCAAGGAAGGUGCACGCUGGCGGCCGUGCUUCACACCUACCAGAUGGUGGCUCUGCACGCUCUCUUCAGCUCCUACACCAGCUCCGUCCUGUACCUCAUGAAAGUCAGGUGGCCGCAGCGACCGCUGGUCGUGAGCUCGUUGAUGUUCGCGCCGCUGAGCGUCGCUCUAGCCUGCCCGGGGACACCGGAAGACAUGUCCCCGAUACGCCCGCCGAGCUCCGUCUUUCACAAGUCGACCUUCUUGUCCCUCUUGGGGCAGGCGGGCAUUCACGUGGGCAGCAUGGCGUUUGCCGUCUGGGCGGCCAAGGCGCACUCCCCCUCGGAGUCCCUGCCGGUGGCCGAAGUGAAGGGUUUGCUUGGCCCCAAGUUUGUGCCGAACCUGGUUAGCAACGCCGUCUUCCUGCUGGCUACUAUCCAGAGCAUUUCGGUGUCGAUCGUAAACUUCAAGGGGCGUCCAUUCAUGUCAGGCAUCUUGGAAAACUCCGCUAUUUUUUUGCCGGCGGUCUCGAUCGUGGCCUUCUGCUUCGCCCUGGUGCUGGAGAUCGUCCCGCCCAUGAACGCGGUAGGGGAUUGCGUCCAACUAACUUGUUCGUGUUUCGUGCGUGUCUUCGCCAUUUGUUUGGAGCGCGCUCUGGGGAGGACGGGCACGUGUGGGUACGAGCUGUGGCUAGGUUUGCUCUACUCGACGACACUGUGUUGGGCUUCCGAAGCUUCCGAUGUAGACGGGCAUGCGUUGUACCUGCCCCGUUUGUACUUCCGACUCUCUAUCUUCAACCCAACGGUCCUGGAACUGAAGCCAUUCCCCAGCAUUGCUGCGAAGCUCUCCAUUCUGGGGUCGAUGCUUGUGUCGCUGCUGGCUCCGCUAGCGGUGGACCGAUUGUGCGUCAAGCUCUUCGACCCGGAGCUGCACAAGGCUAGGAAGGCCGGCCCUCCGCUUGGAAUGGUGGAGAAACGCAACCUCGCACUUCUGGGUGCGCUCCUGCUCGUGGUGGCCGUGACUGUGAGCGGCAUGGACUUCGAGGUCCUAGAGGAGGCCUUUGAAGCUUUGUAG